GAUGACUUUGAUGACUCCCCCGCGUUCAGCAUACUCUGGCACGUUGCCGACACGUCAGAAUGUAGUCUUUACAAACCCUAUUACCUUUGACAGCGCGUCUAGUGCAACACCACACUUGGGCACAAACCCACAAGUAGCACGCGUUGCCCAAAAGAAAAAGUACAAGUCCAUCUGGGACUGGAUCUGCAAGUUCUCAAACGCUCUCGGUGUCACCGUACAAAUAUGCUUGGCUCUCAUCACUAUUUACCUCACAUACCAUGCAAACGACAAAUCGAACAACCUAGCCCAAGAAGAAUCAUGUAGAAACCAUCCGCAUAACCCAAAACUCCAGAAUUCUACCUUAUGUAGCACGAUGAGCAACGACAACGAUCACGACCUGUUGUCACGGCGGACCUACAUACAAAGUGGCAACAGAUAUGCACUAGCGAUACAGACCAAUCCCAUCACACUCGCGAACAUCUAUACAGUUAUGAUAGCACCGUUCCUUCUUGUGGGUCUAUGGUGGGUAUGCAUUUGGUCGUAUCACAAGGAUGUUCUGCAGGAACAAAAGUCGAAAACUGUCACAACGGACCACUGUCAACAUACUUGUACUGGGGGCAUUGUCUUUCGUCGCAUGGAUGUGACCGAGGGAACGACCUUCCAGGAAAAAGACUCCCGGUUGGAAAAAGAAUAUUUUCAGCUUCGCGGAAUGUACAAUUUCUUCGCACGUUGGCCGUCUUACUGUGGUUUCAUCAAAGAAACGGAGGUGUAUACUUACUCUAUGUCCCAAAAAGCCUGGUUGAAGUCACAAAGUGAUGAGGCUACAACCAGUUCCAGCGAGACAUGGCUGCUCCUUCUCGAAACCGAACACAAACCGCAGAUACGAUUCGCAACAACGAGCGCUGGUAAAACCGAAGACGGACCUGCAUUCUGGUCCAUACAUGUCAUGAAUGUCCCAAAAGAACCUGGACACGCCAUCCGUGUUAUGAGGUUGCAUGAAGGCUUGUCCAAUAUGAAGCUCGUCACACACGUUAUCGGCUUGCUCCUAGCCAGCUACGCACUCAUGUGCUACCUUGGUUGCGUCCCAUUCAUCACUGUGGGGUACAUAUGUCUUGUCGUGCCUUUCAACAUGUACUCUCACAUGCGCAAGACAUUAGUGCGGUCCGAGGAAGGAUGUAGGAAGUGCAUCUGUCAGCAGGAAUCUCAUAAUACUGUGAAGGAUGCCAUGCGGGUGACAUUUACUUUUGAGCUGUACGACCAAAAGCUUGAAAUAGCCCCAUAAUCAUGUACGGUGCAGUCCUGUUCGGCAUGGAUAUCGAUAGAGGUAGUAGCUAAAAUUCGUCUUGUAC